AAUUCAUAUUUCACAAUGGCCGAUAAGAACAACGAGAUCGAAAUCGAAAUCGAGUCCACUGACCAGGUAGGAAUUCGCGAGGUGGCUACCAAUACAGAUGACUUGACCGACGCUUUUGGCUCCGUCGGAGGUGCCUCCACUUCAUCCUACCACAACAACAGCUACGGCAGUGGCGCCAUUGGCCAACUGGCCAACUCCAAUGGCUAUGGCUCCUCCGCGUCCAGCUACCACAAGUACGUGGCCAAGAUGGUCACAGAUCGUCAUGCUGCGGAGUAUAAUAUGCGGCACAAGCAUCGCGGCAUGGCGAUCAUCUUCAACCACGAACACUUCGAUGUGCCCACCCUGAAAUCGCGAGCGGGCACCAAUGUGGACUGCGAGAAUCUGUCGCGUGUGCUGAAGCAGCUGGACUUUGAUGUGACAGUGCACAAGGAUUGCCGCUACAAGGAGAUCUUGGGUGCCAUCGAGUAUGCGGCUUCACAGAACCACGAGGAUAACGACUGCAUCCUGGUGGCCAUUCUAUCGCACGGAGAGAUGGGCUACAUCUAUGCCAAGGACAUGCAGUACAAGCUGGACAACAUUUGGAGCCUCUUCACUGCCAAUCACUGCCCCACCUUGGCGGGCAAGCCCAAGUUGUUCUUCAUCCAGGCCUGCCAGGGUGAUCGCCUCGAUGCGGGCGUCACCAUGCAACGCGGUCGCACCGAGACCGACGGUGACUCGUCCAUGAGCUACAAGAUACCCAUCCACGCCGAUUUCCUCAUCGCCUACUCCACCAUCCCGGGCUUCUACUCGUGGCGCAACACCACACGUGGCUCCUGGUUCAUGCAGAGCUUGUGCGCCGAGCUGGCCGCCAACGGGAAACGACUGGACAUGCUCACCUUGCUGACGUUCGUCUGCCAGCGUGUGGCCGUCGACUUCGAGUCCUGCACCCCCGACACCCCCGAGAUGCAUCAGCAAAAGCAAAUUCCCUGCAUUACCACAAUGCUAACGCGCAUUUUGCUGUUCAGCGAUAAGCAGAAAGCACCGGCCGGACGUGUUUAGGAUGCUGACUCACACCUUGAUUGCUGGUUUAGGUAUCGGUGGAGCAUGCGGGCGGCAUGCGGCGGUGUGAUAUUUAAUUGCAGAUUUGCUAGUAUCAAUAAUUACUCAACGACCGACUCUCUCUCUCUCUCCGUCUCUCUAUAACUAUAAAUAUUAGCAAAUAUUUUAUACAACUAGCUGUAGCUUCUAUGUAUUUGCCAGCUCCUGCCAUGUCUUUGUCCAAGUCCACGUCCAUCUGUCUGUCCCUAAUACUUAAGCGUAAUGUUUUAAUCUGUUCUACUUACACACUAUUUUUUAUAACCUGCAUUUGCAACUUAAUCCUCAUAUUUACUCUAUAUACUUUAAGGACAAAUUAUAAAUAAAAGUUUUUACCAAGCAAAUUGAGCAUUUAUCUUUGUCUCCCACUGAAUC